ACGACUUCGGUCUCUCGCUUUCGCCCCCACCCGACUUUCGCUUCGCAUCGUCAGCUGCCUCCUCGAGUUCUUGUAGUGCUUUGGUAUCAACCAACUGUCUUAUAAACACUACAGCUUUGGCAUACCUCUUCCUUUGCUUGAUGUUGUUCAACUCGACCGACGUGUACAGGCCGCCUUGGCCCUGGCAACAUGCUCAUCUGCAGCUUCAUUGUCCUAGUCUGGCCACAUAUACGGUGCAUAACGACAUUUUACAGAAGAAACUUUCUUAUGGGUGCGAUUUGGUUUAGCUGCAGCUCAUUUGGCUUCGAUUUCUCGCCCUGUCCCGGUGUCAGUUGUCGCAUGCAGGCUGCUGCACGUAAUCCUUCACGAAACGCGCUCGUGUAUAUCAAAGCUAAAGCGCUAAGGCUUCAACUGUCUGGCCUAUAGAGCCUGUCGUCCCACGAAUGGAGUGUAUGAUGGCUUGUGGAGAAGGUUAGACGGAGAACGCGUUGAGGUCUUGCGGUGCGUGCUCACGAUUUUGG